AUGGCGACCAUGCCGGGCCACGGCCUGAGGUACGUGACCACCAUGCGCCCGUGGCUCAGAACCUUCCGCAACUCAACCUCGUUGGCUUCUCUACAGUCCCAGUUCACCGAAGAUUCAGAGCAGGCCCAACCCAAAACCGACAAGCCCAGCUCAUAUUUCCCAAAGCGAGGCCAGACUCUGGAACUGGUUUGCGAGUCUUUGGCUUUCAAAGGGAAAGGUAUGUGCAAGGUUGCUGACACUGGGUUCGUUGUCAUGUGUGACCGUGCACUGCCUGGUGAGCGCUUCAUUGGGCGUGUUACUCGCAGGAAAGGGAACUAUGCUGAGGUGACAAAGGUAAAGACAAUUUCUCCUCAUUGGGACUUCGUGGAUGCUCCUUGUGAAUAUGCUUCUUACUGUGGAGGAUGUAAAACCCAAAAUUUGUCCUAUGAGGCACAAGUCAAAGCUAAGGAGCACCAAGUUCAUGAGUUGAUCAUACAUUUUGGAAAGUUUUCUCAGACAGAACUGGAAUCGCAAAGCAUCAUGAAGCCCAUUGUUCCCUGUGAAAUCCAGUUUCAUUACAGGAAUAAGAUGGAGUUCUCAUUUGGUUCUCAAAAAUGGUUACCUAGAGAAUCAUUAAUGGACAGACAAGAUGGAAGUGACAACUAUGCCCUGGGACUGCAUGCUCCUGGUUUCUUCGAUAAGGUUCUAAAUGUUGACAAGUGCUUAUUGCAAAGUGAGCCGGCCAAUAUGGUUCUUGCAGCCGUUCAAGACUGUUGGAGAGAUUCACAAUUAGGUCUAUCUCCUUAUGAUGUUUACUCUCAUGUUGGAUUUCUUAAGCAUCUAAUGCUAAGAACUGGAAGGAAUGUGAAGACUGGUAUUCCUGAACUUAUGGUUAAUUUUGUGACCUCAUCUUACAAGCCAGAACUGCUUCAGCCUCUUCUUGGAAAGAUAUCAGCUAUCCCUGAAGUGGUAAGUAUCAUGAACAAUGUAAAUACCUCUGUUGGUAACACAUCUCUUGGGGAGAUGGAAUACACUUUGUAUGGCAAAUCUAGCAUCACGGAGAACUUAAGAGGGCUUACCUUUCAAAUAUCAGCAAACUCGUUCUUCCAAACAAAUACUCACCAGGCAGAGGUUUUAUAUAAACUCAUAGAAGAUUGUGCUGGUCUCAGAGGAGAUGGCUCAGAGGUUGUUCUUGACCUGUUUUGUGGGACUGGCACCAUUGGUCUGACACUUGCCAGAAGGGCCAAACAUGUUUAUGGAUAUGAAAUAAUUCCUCAAGCCAUUGCAGAUGCUUGUCUGAAUGCCAAACUGAAUGGCAUCCAGAAUGCCACAUUUAUUCAAGGGGAUCUUAACAAAAUUGAUGAAAGUUUCGGGAACAAUUUUCCUAAGCCCGACAUAGUUAUUUCAGACCCAAACCGUCCAGGAAUGCACAUGAAGUUGAUCAGAUUUCUUCUAAAGCUUAAGGCACAACGAAUAGUUUAUGUAUCAUGUAAUCCUGCCACAUGUGCACGUGACCUUGAUUAUCUCUGUCAUGGUGUGACAGAGAAAGGUAUAGAAGGCUGUUACAAGCUGAAGAGCAUACAGCCGGUAGACAUGUUCCCUCACACUCCUCAUAUUGAUCUUUUCAAACCACCUGUUCAAAAUGUUUCUUGCUGGAUUUGCAAAGCUUGCCUGGGAACUGUGGUGACAAUGGGGUCUGGAAAGAGCAAGAAGAAGAAACGCAUAGCAGGUCGCUUUAAUUUCUUGCCGUUUUCUUUUUCGGUUGCGAAAGAGUUUAAUAGUUUCAACCACCGUUAUCAAUUCCAUAGGCGAUUCAAUUAA